AUGUCAAUAUUUUUCAAAGCUCCAUUAGAAAUAGAAAUUAGACUAAAUAAUGAAGAUACAAGAAAACAUACAGAAGUUAAAAAUAUUCAUGGAAGAACAGAAAGGUUACCAAUUUAUAAAGAUGGAGAAAGUGUGAAAGGUACAGUGACUCUAAGAACAAGAGAUGGUAAGAAAGUUGAUCAUUUAGGAGUAAAAGUUCAAUUAUUGGGUUCAAUAGAAACAAAUAAUGAUGGACUAAAUUCCUCAAAUUUUUUAACAUUAGCAACAGAGCUAGCAGCACCAUCACAAUUAAUCCACUCAGAAACUUAUCCAUUCGAAUUUAAAAAUGUUGAAAAACAAUAUGAGAGUUAUAGAGGUAAAAAUGCAAGAUUAAGAUAUUUUAUAAAAGUUUCAAUAUUAAGAAAAUCAAAUUCUGAAAUUACUAGAGAAAAAGAAUUAUGGGUAUUUCAGUAUAAUAAUAAAUUGAAUCAAGAAUUGUCAAUUAAUAAUAAUAAGCCAAAUCAACAACAACAACAACAGUUGAGUAAAACCCCUCCAAAACAAAUUGAAAAAUCUCAUGGUGUAAAAAUGGAUGUCGGAAUUGAAGAUUGUUUACAUAUAGAAUUUGAAUAUUCGAAAUCAAAAUUUUCAUUAAAAGAUGUUAUUAUUGGUAGAAUUUAUUUCUUGUUGGUACGUUUAAAAAUAAAACAUAUGGAAUUAUCGUUAAUAAAAAGAGAAACUGUUGGUUCUCAACCAAAUCAAGUUACAGAUAGUGAAACUGUUGUUAGAUUUGAAAUUAUGGAUGGAGCUCCUGUUAAAGGUGAAACUAUACCUAUUCGAUUAUUCUUAAGUGGAUUUGAUCUAACUCCAACUUACAAAGAUGUCAAUAAAAGAUUUUCAGUAAGAACUUAUUUAUCAUUGGUUUUAAUUGAUGAAGAUGCAAGAAGAUAUUUUAAACAAAGUGAAAUAAUACUUUAUCGUGAUAAUCAGUAA